AUGGGACUUCUAGACAUCAUCAAAUCUUUCAAAUCGAAUAGUGGACGUGAAAUCCGAAUUCUACUACUGGGACUCGAUAACGCUGGCAAAACUAGUAUUCUAAAGCAGCUUUCGGCUGAAGAAAUCACAAACGUCACACCAACUCGUGGAUUCAACGUGAAGAGCGUAGUCACCAAUGGCGACAUCCGGCUCAACGUCUGGGAUAUUGGCGGACAACGAUCAAUACGACCGUUUUGGAGUAAUUACUUUGAAAAUACUGAUGCGCUCAUCUAUGUAAUUGAUUCAAGUGAUCGACGACGUUUCGAUGAGACCAGCGUGGAGCUGAUGGAACUACUGGAUGAGGAGAAACUGAGCCGUGUGCCAGUGUUGAUAUUCGCCAACAAGCAAGAUUUGGUAUCGUCUGCUCCGGCGUCAGAAAUUUCAAAGCGUUUGAAGCUGACCGAGAUUCGUGAUCGAACUCUGACCAGUUCUCAUCCAGUAUCUGAGGAGAAGUUCAAGGAAGAAGUUGAAAAGGCUGUAGACUUAUUGUACGAUGCGGAUCAUCUCUAUUACUUCUUUACGGAUCGAGAUGGCACCCUGAAAAGCUAUGCCUGCAGCUAUCCAUCCAGUAUCCAACCGGCUUACUCAGGAGUAAUUCAGGCUCAAUUCGCUCGACGAUGUGCGCAGACCUGCUGCAUCCUCACCACUGCACCGAUGAUGCAUGUUGGUGUGCUCGAUGUCUCCACGAUUCCACCAGGGUACUACUACUAUGGCGCAUCAGCUGGACGAGAAUGGUUCAUCGAUCCCUCGAAUAAGUUCAAAGACACAAGUAUCCCAGAAAAACAUCUACAGAUGCUUGAUCAGGUGAAUAGUCAACUUAGCGAGGAAUUGUUUGAUGAGAUCCAUCACAUCGUUAGCAUGCUUGAUCCGGAUUCAGCUAUUCUGGAUGUGAGGACAUCGAAGCUUGACACCAAAAUUGUCUUGAAAGUGAGUUCGAUUUGA